GCCCCCGCCCAGCCCAGCCUCAAGUCAACAGAUUCACUCCCUCUCUCCGCCUCUAAUGAUGGUGAUCAUGUAAAAAAAAAAUAAAAAGAUCGUCAAAGCUGACUUCAACGGCGUUUUUUCGCUGUGAAGGCGAUCUUAAACAACUCGACGAUGCCAUUAUUUGAUGAUCUUGGAAGUGGAGCGGAGAAGACUGCCAUAGUCAUCGACUUGGGAGCGGCUUACACAAAAUGCGGCUUUGCAGGGGAAACGGGGCCCAGGUUCAUAAUUCCGAGCGAGAUCCGGAUGCCAGGCCAGCGGCAGGCCACCAAAGUGGUCCAGUACAACAUCAACACAGAAGAGCUCUAUGUCAUUCUCAAAGAGUUUAUCCACACACUUUACUUCAGGCACCUGCUGGUGAACCCUCGCGACAGAAGAGUGGUCAUUAUCGAGUCCAUCCUCUGCCCGUCCCACUUCAGGGAGACGCUCAGCAAGGUUUUCUUCAAACAGUUUGAGGUGCCUUCGGUGCUGUUUGCACCAAGUCACCUGAUGGCCAUCAUGACUCUGGGUAUCAACUCUGCUCUUGUGAUGGACUGCGGCCACACAGAAACGCUUGUGCUGCCUGUUUACGAGUGCACACCCAUCCUGCCGGCCUGGGAGGCCUUGCCUUUAGGCGGAAAAGCCAUCCACAAAGAACUGGACACCGUUCUCGUGGAGCAGUGCACCGUGGACACAGACACCACCACUGGACAAACUGUACCAGCCAGCAUUGGAACCAUUCCAGAGGAGACUGUGGAGGACAUUAAGGUGAGAACAUGCUUUGUCAGCGACCUCCAGCGAGGCCUCGAGAUUCAGAAGGCCAGGUUCACCCUCGACAGCACAUCUGAGCGUCCGGCCCCGCCUUUUGAUGUGGACUAUCCUCUAGAUGGACAGAAAAUCCUGCACAUCAAAGGAUCCAUCAGGGACUCGCUGAUGGAGAUUCUGUUUGAGCAGGACAACGAGGAGAAGAGCGUGGCGUCACUAAUACUUGAUGCUCUGGUGAAGUGCCCUAUUGACACGCGCAAAGUGCUGUCUGAGAAUUUGGUGGUCAUUGGCGGGACAGCCAUGUUGCCAGGCUUCCUGCACCGGCUCCUGGCCGAAAUUCGCCUCUUAGUGGAAAGGCCCAAGUACUGCGACGUCCUGGCCAGCAAGACUUUCCGCAUCCACUCACCACCCGCUAAGCCCAACUGCACCGCCUGGCUGGGAGGUGCCAUCUUCGGAGGGCUGCAGGACAUUCUGGGCAGCAGGUCGGUGUCCCGCGAUUACUACAACCAGAUGGGACGCAUCCCGGACUGGUGCUGUCUGAGCUGGCCUCCACCAGAGUCCCUUUACGAGACCGGCGAGACCCCGCCCCCGCUCAUGAAGAGAGCAUUCUCUACUGAAAAGUAGAUUAAGUACACAAAACUUCCCCUUAUUUGUUAGAUAUUUAAAUUACACGUCAUAGUUUUACAUUUAUAAUGCAUCUUCUUGUAUGGAUGUAAACUUUGAGGUUCCACCAAAUGUCAACAGUGUUAAAACACACUCAGUUGUUCUCAAUAUUGGCGUUUAUUUAUUAUUUGCACAGCUGGUGUUGGUCCAAGUCCUUAAAUAAAACCUUCUGCACGUGCA